AUGACAAUAUUCAGAAACACUCAAAAAAACGCCCAACCGUCAAUAACAGCCGCUGCAACACUUCAACAACAUCUUGAGAAGCAACGUAAACGUCUGCGGAUGGGUUCAUCGGGUAGUUCGUUGGAUACGCCUUCAGCCGAAAGUCAAGUGGAUUCACCAGAACGAUCGUCAAUAAAUAGUCCUGCAGCUGUUUAUGAAUGUUCUUCUAGUGCUGGUGUUGCAGUCGCCGGAGGUGGAACUGGGACUGGAACUGCAGCAACUGAUCAAAAUAGUUCCACUGCAACAACUUCAUCACUUGUUUGGGAUACGCUGAAUAGUACUCGAAAGUGGUCACAGCAACAGCAACAAUCAGACGUUUCUAGUGCAAAUAAUGCAGGAUGUCGUAACUGGCAACCGAUGCUUGUGCCACGUGCAUCAUUAACAACGCACACGGCUUUCUUCCGAAAGGAUAACCUCCGCCCAGCACCGAUCACUGCCAUUGCGCCAUCCAAAGAUCAUAAGUCGUUGUUCGUCGGUGACGGAGUGGGUCGUGUAUGGCAGUGGCAAAUGGGUGAUGAGAUCGGUUCGCGAGCUGAUCACUGGGUACAAGACCCGAGUCGUAGUUGUUGCACACAGUGUCAACAGCGUUUCUCGAUCGCUGAACGUCGACAUCAUUGUCGUAAUUGUGGUCAUAUCUUUUGUAGUAGAUGUAGUCGAUUCGAAUCUGAUAUAAAGCAUAUGAAGAUAACGAAACCAGUACGGGUCUGUCAAGGUUGUUAUUUACGUUUGAAGGCACAAGGUACAUAG